UGAUUCGCUGCGGAUCGGUAUCGUUAUAUCCGCGUUGGCCAUAUAUAGUACACGUUUUGCCAUCGAUAUGCGUCGAAUUCGGCGGCGGUUUAGUCAAUAGAAAGCUGUGUAAAAAAAAACGAAAUCAGCCAUUAUGGAGUUAGCAUUGUUCACCUUAAAUUGGUUCGAUGUGGUUUCGGUGGUGCUCACAUUUCUUGUGAUAUUCCUAGUGCAAGUUCUCAACGUCUAUUUGCAUAUACUCGACGACAAUGCCGACGAUGGCAAAUCGAUCGAUGUGGUGGACAGGGCUCCCGCGAAAGAGUGUCCAAUACUGGAGUCCCAGUCCCCCAGUUCACCCAUCGCCGUCACUCCACCGAAGUCCCUGGCAUCGGCCAACGGCAAGUUGGAGAAGCAAAUAAGUCUGCUGGACAACGAUAGCGGCAUCUCAUUGAGUUCGAUCAACACCUGUUCAACAGCCGCAGCGAACUCAUCCCCAACAUACCGAGCACCCAAUGGCUUCCACUCUUUCCCAUCGCACACGCUCAGCUUCGAGACCCUGGGCGAUGAGUACCACGAGGAUGAGGACACGUUGUCCUUGGAGAAUCUGUUUCCCUGCGAUCAAACCGAGAUCUAUGCCUCCAAGAAGAUCAGCUUCAUCAUCGACGAGCUCAUCCAGACGGAGGUGAACUAUGUGAACAACCUGAAGAAGGGUAUGCUGAACUAUGGCCAGCUGAAGGAUGUCGAGGAUCUGCCAGAGGCCCUGAGUGGCGAAACGAAGCAGCGACUGCUGCUGGGCAAUAUUGAGGAGAUUCUGGCACUGCAUGAGAAGGAGAUACUGCCGCUCAUGCUGCGCAAUCAGCGGGAUCUCAAAGGUCUAUUCGAUGAGUUUGCUGCUCAUUUCGAGAAAAAUAGCUUCUACUGCUAUGUGAGCUUCACCAUGGGCAAGAAGUCUUCUAUGCAACUGCGCCAAGAUAAUCGACUGUGGUUGCAGACAUAUCAAACCCAAAUAAAAGACAAGCUGGGCAUCGACAGCUUCCUAGUUCAGCCCAUCCAAAGACUGACCAGAUAUCCAUUGCUACUGCAGCAGUUCAUAUCGGAAUUCUACAAAAGUGGAAUUAGUUGCAAGCCAGUGCUGACGGCAGUUUGCAAGCUGGAGACGCGGAUGCGGCGCUCUCUGGAUGUGGUCAAUCAGGCCGAGGAGAUACCCAACAUCGAGGAGCUCAACGAGUUGGACCUCCUGCAGUUGGGACACUUCCGGCGUGCGACGGAGUUCGACGCCCAGCACAUUCCCAGCCGGAAGAAGUACCGCUCCAAGGUGUUCCUGUUCGAUCGCAGUCUGGUGUGCACGGAGGUGCGAAAGAAGCGCCUGGCCUACCGGCAGCACUACAACUGGGAGCACGUGGAGCUGCAGCGGCCGCUGGACUCGGUCUCGUCCAAUGCCAACAAGAUCAUCAACCUGCUGGUGAAACAGCAGGAGGGCGCUUCCAGUGGCGGCGCCAAGCGGGAGGAGUACUCCUUCGUGGCCGCGGAGGCGGCGGUGGUCAAGCAGUGGCUCCAGGCCACCCACAAGAUCAUCGAGAUCGCGCGCCACGAGCACGCCAGGCGGAACACCUUCAGCCUGCCCAUGGAUCUGGUGCUGGGCGUGGUGCUGGCCAUCUGGCUGAUAUGGCAGUACUUGUAGAAGAUAGUUCCCACCUCAAUGCAACAACCAUGUCCACAUACAUGCCCAUCUAGAUCGUAGAUAUCUAAGA